AACAGCUGUUGCCUGCCCUGCUCGCCUCCCACCCAGUGCGCGUAGCUCCACCCCUGCUUCUCAUUGCUGAUGAGCGGCGGGUGAGUGAGGACUGCGUGUUGGUAGCACUCGUGUGUGGGAGGGAGGGCUCUUCCCGUGGUCGGCUUCUUGUGUGGCGAGACAGUCUUGAGUUUGAAAUAUCAGGCCAUCAAAGCCAUCAAUUAUUCCAGUUAUCCACCCACCCAUACACUCAGCCAUUUAUCCAUCAUUCAUCCACCCACUGACACACACGCCAACUCACCCACCCACCCACGUGCUCUAUCAGGCGAACAUUCCGUCGAGUUAAGCGAGAAUCAUCAUCGGCAGGCAAAGCGUGGAGCGGAGUCUGAAGGAGAUGGAUCGCCACUCAGGACAAGGACGUUCCGGAUUGGCGCCUUUCGUGUACGCAGUCUCCCGUUUCGAUUAAAAGCCAAGGAGGUGUCCGUGCGAACAGCAGCAAAGAAAUCAUUGGUGUGGUGCCGCCGUGCCAAAGUGGCGAUGAUUCCAAAAGAUCGCUCGUGAGCAAUGAUCCACGGGGAAGCCCAAGCGGGCCGUGCGGUGUCCUCAUCGCGAGGAUCGUCAGCGACACACGGCCACCGCGGCCGAGCCGCGGCCCCCGGUCUCCCCGCCAGCCGCGGCAGGCGGCACGAGGUCCAGAGCACGGCGUGCGACAGUCGGCUGGAGGGGCGACCUGAAGCGACGUGGCGAUAGUGUCGAACGAGACCGCAGGAGGUAAACGCCCUCCUUCCUUCAGUGAGAGACGACCCAAGCUUUUGCCACGAAAUUUACUGCCCGACACGGCGCUCGGGCGCUGGCAUGUUAUUGCGCGUCACCGUCCCUCGGUGUACACAGGUGCAAUAAACUGAUACACAUUGUCCUCUGUUUAGAUUAUAAAGGGCUAUAAAAAGGAAAUAAGACUGAUGAUUUGCGUGCCGUGCACGAUGCGUACACAGAAGGCCGUCGCGCCUGCGACGUCCACACUUGGAGUCCCCGCGGCAUGACUCGUUCGCGCAGCGCGCCCCACUACACACGCCGAGAGCCUGGUUAUGCCACGGAUUGCCAGCAUGGACAAGAUUAGAGCCAUGGAGCAAUGGCGGAUGCCGGCUAUUUACUGCUGUCCGCUCUCGCAAACAAUGCGAGUGUGCCGGCCAGGGGUCGCUUUGCCACGACACAUGGCGGCGGUGCCGCGACGGCAGCAGGGCCGGUGAUGGCGGCAGUGCCCUGGGAGCCACGGCACCUCCUGCGCGACGGCACCGCGGCCGCCGACCCGGGCAACCGCGCCAGCGCCCUGAACUCCUCCGUGCAGACGCUGAUCGCGGGGCUGCUGUCCGAGCAGAGCGUGCCACCCUGGGGCAACGCCACGGUGCCGGCCUCCACCGCUUCGGCUCCGACGCCGACCCCGGUGCCGGGCGGGGGCGCCCAGAACUGCAGCGCCGGCGGCGGCGUUGGCGCCGGCAGUGGCGGCACCGGCGGCGGCGGCAACUGCACGGUGCUGUCGCCGGGCCUGGCCUGCGCCACCGCGGCGGCUGUGGCGGGGCCCGACGGAGCCGAGCUCAACUGGCCGGCGCUGCUCUUCCUCCUGGUGGUCGUGCUGACGGUGGGCGGCAACCUGCUGGUCAUCCUGGCCGUGUGGCUCGAGAAGAAGCUGCAGACGGCGACCAACUACUUUCUCAUGUCGCUGGCGGUGGCCGACCUGCUGGUGGGGCUGACCGUGAUGCCCAUCUCCGUGAUUAACAUCCUCUACAACAUGCGCUGGCCCCUGCCGUGCGAGAUGUGCCCGGUGUGGGUUUUCCUAGACGUGCUCUUCUCCACCGCCUCCAUCAUGCACCUGUGCGCCAUCUCCCUCGACCGCUACAUCGCCAUCAAGAGGCCCAUCCAGCACAGCCGCUUCAACUCACGCAGCAAGACGCUGCUCAAGAUCACCGCUGUGUGGGCCAUAUCUAUUGGAAUCGCGAGCCCCAUCCCGGUGCUGGGCCUGCAGGACCAGCAGCACGUCUUCGUGAACGGCGCGUGCAUCUUGAACAUCCAAAACUUCAUCAUCUAUGGCUCGGUGGUCUCGUUCUUCCUCCCUCUGCUCAUCAUGGUCGUCAUCUACGUGCUCACCAUCCGGCUGCUCCGCGGACAGGUCGGCCUCAUGGAGGUCAGCCGGGGCAGCAGCUCGGUAUCGGCCGUGACGUCGGCGUCAACCAGGAGGGGCAGCGAGCACCAGCGUGUCAUCUUCCGCCACAAGGAGACGCUGGAGCGCCUGCCGACGCUGCUCGACGGCGAGCGGUUGAGCGCGGUCGGCGGUGCCGCGGCCGCCGUCGCCGCCUCGAUGGGCACGCUGCGCAGGACGCAGGCUGCGCACAGCCGCUCGGCGCAGGCGCUCAGCAACGAGCGGCGUGCCUCCAAGGUGCUGGGCAUCGUCUUCACGCUCUUUCUCGUCAUGUGGUGCCCCUUCUUCGUCACCAACGUGACGUCGGCGCUGUGCCCCGAGUCGCUGUGCAGCGUCGAGGCGAUGGCCAAGCUCAUGGACAUAUUCGUGUGGGUGGGCUACGUGUCUUCGGGGGUCAACCCGCUCGUCUACACGCUCUUCAACCAGACGUACCGCCAGGCGUUCCGCCGCUACGUCGCCUGCGACUUUCGUCGCGCGCGCCACCGCAGCUCCUCCAAGGAGCUCACGCAGGCCACGGUGCUGGGCUCGCGCCGGCGGGCGUCGCUCGCGCCCAACGGGCGCCUGCACUCCGUCGACAGCGCCGCCAUCGGCGUCGUCGGCGCCGGCCACCACCACAACGGCCACCGGCACCGGCGGUUGUCGGAGGCCGCCGUCUCGCAGGCGGAGUGGUGCGGCGUGGCGGCGCUGUCGGCGGACGCGGCGCCGGUCGCCCGGCACGUUUACGAGGGGACCAGCUGCGUGUGACUCGGCGGUUGGCAGUGGCGGCUGCAGUGGCGCCGUGACCGCGUGUGUGCACUUAUACGAGGACUGGUUUUGCCGUUUGCGACCGAUGGGGAAAAAAAGCCACUGCUCUAUGGGAAAGGGGACUGCAGCUGCUGAGUAAAUUUUUUGCACGCUUUCCAUCUGUUUUUGUGUUUCAGGUUCAGCAGAACCUCGUUUUGAGAAUUUCAGGGUUCAUGAAGAGUGCUUUUUGUGAGGUGUUUGUUACGUUUUACUUCUCUUCCCAUUUCUUGACGCAUUGACUCCAUUUUGGAACUCUCACGAAGCAGCUUGCAACAUGCGUCAGAGAAUGGCCGAUGGAAAAUAAUUUUCACGGAACAAUCCUUCCAGGUGGCCUCUUAAGCUGUAAACGGUCGGGAACGCAAUUUCCACAUUCCUUUCCGCAAUGAGAUGGUUUGUCGCAUGGCAGUCAAAGUGAUCCCUUUAAUUAACAAAGAGCUGAAGUUCAAUCGAAUCGAUUGCAUUAUCAAUUAGAACGGGGGGUUGUUUGUUCGUGUGGUCAUUGGUGACUGCCGGGUUGAAACCAUCAACUCACCUUGAGAAACCAGUUUAAUCAACGGGUGGCUCUUGUGACCCGGAUUCAAGCCCAGCAUCUAAAAUCUUGACUUAAAGCUUUUGUGACUGCAGGAAUUCAUAUUCUUUGGGUGUUUCGGUAAAGUCACGUAGAUAGGUUCAAAGAAGGUAACAAAAAAUAAGAAUUUAUUAUUUUAUGUUAUUUUCAUUCAAUCCAGCAUCUCAGUUUUGCAAUUCCGAGGUCACGACUUGAUUCAAAGGCUUGGCUUUGUUUUGGCAUUUUGGCGGAAGCGGAAUAUCUUCAGGGGUCACGGGAACUGAUGCCACGUAACGCAUACGAAUGGAGAGUAAUCAAUUCUUAAAGGCGCGAUCCGAUGCGGGUAUUGCGAGAGAAGUAUUUGGGUUUCAAAAUCUAUGGUCACUCAAGUCCAGUGGUCACUCACAAUCAACUGUUUAAAGCAGCGGUUCUCAGAGUGCGGUCACCGCACCGCCGGCGGUCCACGAUGCUCCUCCAGGUGAUCCGCGGGGCUGUAUCGCAAACUCAGCUUAAUCUGGACAAUAACGACGUUUGCAACUUUUGUUACCGACAUUGAUAUUUUUUUAAUAAUUAAAAAAAUUGAAGUCAGGUAAACUACACAGAUUAAACUAGCCUCACCAUGACAUAUAAAUCCCCCCCCCCUCUAAAAAAGCCCUUUUGGCUGCAUUUAAACAAAUAAUGUUUUCAUGUUCCAGUAAUAUGAAUCAUGUUGUAGUAAUGGUAUUUAGUGAGAGAGAGAGAAGGGAAUACAUUUUGUCACCAGGGGAGGGGGCUGAGUGGUUCGAGGGGAUAAACAAGUUUAAGAAACGCUGCAUGAGAGAAACAUUGGUCUAAAACACUGGGGAUCGUUCCUCUAAGAAUUAAUUAUUUUUAAAACGUACGCAAAAUACACAACAUCUUGAGGUGAUAACACUUUAGGCCAACGGGAUUUCUGCGUACGGCUGGUGUGGAUGUUGAGCGACAGCUGCAGCGUCACGGUGAGGAGGCGUUUGAGCCCGGGCGAUUGCGUCAGGAGUAGCGGAGCAGUGCGUCGCUGCUGCUGCGAUGACGACGCCUCCUCCUCCUCCGUGUUUGUGAACCGGCCAUCGAGUCGUUCUCAAUGCCCCUAGGUUCUGCUGAGGGUGACCAAGGUCGCCGCACACUGCCAGAGAUUUUCAUCUUCCGUCCGUGCUUUGUCAUCAAUAAGUGUCCGCAUCAGCUGCUGCCACGGUUUGCGUGAGCCUCGCGGAAGAUCGAAGCCGGCCGGGGUUAUCCCACGAUGACAAAACGGAACCAACGGCAAAGAUGAAAACGAGUCGGCGAAAAUGAGACGAGAAAAAAAUCGAUUCGAAUCUUGGGCGCCCCCAGAUCGUGACGAUUCAUUGAAAUUCCCGGGAGGGGGAGGGAUGGUGUAUCAUUACAUGACCCGUUCGUUACCCCUGGUAACCUCAUUUUUACCACUCAAUGCUCUGUACAUUGGUGAACGGGAUACGGGUUCUCACACAACUUGUGUGUGAGAAUGUAUUUAGACAGACAAGGUUCUAUACGACCAUAGAUCAUCUCCUAUUCAUGACAAAGGUCUUCCAGCCUCAACCGUUACCUGCAAACGUAUUAUUCCAUCCGCUAUAUUAAAUCACUUGUAUAGUAUUUAUUUGUUAACCUGUGGAAGAGCAGAGACGGUUAGGGAUCGAAUUUCUCCUGAUAUUGUAGGGGGAUGCAAGUGACAUUGUUCAUAGGUCCUGCAGUUAUCUCGGUAUAAUGAGGGAAGUGAAUCGUAUUAACACUAAAACCACGGCGUAAUUUCUCAAGGAAUAUUUUCCUAGGAAGUUGCGGGAGGUGGGUCGUUGAAAUCUUUCUAGAGCUCAGCCCCGGACAGCUCCAGCUGAAAUUAAAAGUUAUUGAAGCAAACAAACGGCAGCCUGGGUUUUUGUUACUCUGCUGCUCGAGCUGCACCCCAUGGGGUUCCACACAAAAUUGUAAAUCAACACCCGAGGUGUUUUAACUCGUGCUGGGAGAUAAUUAAAUGUACCACUUUACAGAGGGCAAAUGGGAAACAUUGCACCAUUGACUUUCGGGUCAGUUCGCCGUGGAAGUAAAAUGUGCGCCGUGUUCCCUCGUUCGCCCGACACAGCCAGUUCAGAAAGUUGUCACGUGUUGAACUGACGUGGCCAAUUGAUUACUCCUUCAGCAGCAACACCGAUGUCGUGACAGGUGCUGCAAGGUCCGAGCGUGUCCGUCCAGCGCUCGCCGAGCUGCAUUGACUUGCCGAACGAAUAGUUUGUUAUAAGGUCGCCCUGAUUACACACAAAGUGCUUGCCAAAUUGAACCACAAUAUCUUGCUGAUCUUGUCAAGGAGCAUAAACCAUCACGUGAACUCCGGUCCAUCCUCGCAAGCAGCCAGCUUUUGUCUGGCCAUCGACCAAGGAAGGUCACCGCAUCGCUCGCUUUCAGAUGCGCUUCUGCGGCCAUCUGGAACGCUCUUCCUUUUGAUAUUAGGAAGCCACUGGAGCUAUGCACUUUUACAUCUAGAUUGAUCAUUUUUUUAGAACUGCUUUUUGUGUUGUUUGUUGUCCUUCCCUUGCACCUCCGAUUGGCAAUGUAUGGUGUGAAAGAAGUUCAACAUACGUACACCGGUGGGUGGGUGCUGUUGUUGGAGAGCGAUCCACACCACGUUGAACAUUGCGUACGGACUCACGCUGGUAGUUUAAACCAGCAUCAUCAGGCAGUUGGAUUGCUUUCCAACAUAAUCGCUGGUGCUGCUGAAGCGGUAAUAAAUUGCAACGUUUGUUCAUCAGCUUUAUUAAUUGCCUGUGUCGGGUGGAGGAGUGUGUACGAUGCACAUUUUACUUUGCGCAAUCUGACCCAAAAAUAAUUUAUGAGUCGUAAUAUUUGUCGCGAAAGCCUACGUGUUAAUAUGAAGUGGAAACGCUGUUUACCCCCUUAACCUUAGGGAGGAGGAGAAAAAACCGGCAAAAGGAGAUUCCCUCCUGCUCAUUGCAAGGCUAAUUAAAACCAACCACAGCUGAGGCAGCACACUGAGCCAGUACCGUUGAGGACCUGGGUUCGACUCCAGGGUGUCAGCCUGGCCACCAAUGACUGCGCACACACAAAAAAAACGUCAUAUUAAAUUUGGUGUAUCGCUAAAAUGUUGGCUAGAACCCAGCUCCGAGAAACACCGACUUUAGAGUUUUGACUGCCAUGCAACAAAAGUUUAUCUGGUCGCAGGGCGUGUCGGAACACGCAGCGCCCUCUAGUGCGUGGAGGGAGGUCACUUGCAGGGAUCUCAGAAGUAGUUCUGUGAUAUCCCCAUCCACGGGCCGUUUUCCAACGCACGAGAUGACGCGCUCCCACUUCGGGAGAGAGAGUUUCACCGCCACACGACUCCGACAAGCACAAAUAGGAGUGACUUUGUGAAACGGGAAAAAAAAACUAAAAUUUUACAAAAAGAUUCAAUGGAAACGCUUUACAUGGAACAGCAGGAAUCAGUUGCCAGGUGAAAUAUCAACCACAGCAACCGCCACUGCCAAAAGACCGCUGAGUUAAAUAGCACAUCAAAAACGAUCGCGGUCACGGUACGCUUCCCGUCAUAGCUUGCGUUGCAGAAGUCAACCGUGGGCGUAGUGGGCCGAUACCCAUCGAUUAAUCACGAAUUCUUAUGCUCGCAUUGCACACGUCGAUUCGCAUGACCCCUGCUGAGCAAUAGAGGUUGCUACCAUUUACCGUAAUAUAGUUACAAAAAAUAUACAACAAACGAAUCUUCAAUAGAAUGGCAACUCUGAAGUGUCGCGGGGGGAAGAAUCGUUGCAGUCCAUAAUAUUGUUUGCCCGUAACGCAAAACCAUGGAGGUUCUUCGCGGUUGCGCUGCACACAAUCUGUGAUGCGCUCUCCCGGUUGAGCCGCGCGGAACGUCAGCACGACGUCAGACGUUUCCGCUGCCGUCCAUUGAAUUCAGUUAAUUGAAGAAGCUCCCCCCGCCCCCCCCCCCCCCACCCCUAGCGAACACGUGCGGAGCGAAACGUCGGACACGUUGCGCCGACAAAACCACGCCGUGGUACGGGCGUGAAACGUUGGACACGUCACGCCGACAAAACCACGCUGCGACACGGCCGCGACAAGGGCAUCGGAGAGCUUCCAUCGACUGUAUUUGUCGUUGAGACCCAAAAAAUCUUCACGCCACCUCUUUGAUUCCACGGUGUAAAACGAGGAAUGUUGUCUGCGUAAUUUAAGUGCGUCUUACCGCGCGACGAGGUCUCGGUUUAUGCACAAUGUACAUAUAUACAUUAAGAAGACGUUUAUAUUUCCAAGCACUUGUGUAUAUACCCGGUGCUUUCUACGUACAGUAUUUAAAAUAAAUAUAUGAAAUUAUAAAAGGCAGAGUACAAUGCGAAUGUAAUUGCCGUUUUUUGUUUGUUGAGGAAGCCGUUUAAUGUUGUCAAUGAGACUAAUAAAGUAGGCGGUGUACCUACAGCAGUGUCUUCUGACCUCCUCUGCUUCAAACGUCAUCGACGCCUUUUAUUACUGCGGGGGGGGGGGGGGGGGGCAACAGUGAGGGGUUGGUGGAUCGCCAGGAUGCGAAACAGCGACAUUGUUUGUUGGCCUUCCUCCGCACCUCUGAUUAGCAUGGUUGGCUUCGUACACUGCGAAAGAAGUUCAACAUACAUACCUCUGAAC